AUCCACUAAUAUUUUUGUGACGACACAAGAUGGCGUCUUCCAUGGGCCAUGCAAUUGACAACUCUAGGAAACUUGACUGCAAAGAUCUCCAUGGUUAUCUUCGGACUCUUCAAGGAUCUGUUUUAGAUAGACUCUACAAUCAUCCUGCAACAUGUCUAGCUGUAUUUCGUGAGCUUCCUGUGCUAGGCAAGCAUUGUAUCAUGAGGGUUUUGUUCAUUGAUACUCCUAUUCCACAAGCAGCAGUUACAUCAUGGAUACAAAGCAACCAACAGGAACAGCUGCACGUAGCAUUGAAAACCCUGACUGAUCUUCGUUUGUUCAAGGAUCAGUCACUUCCGGGUGGUCUUCCUGGAUGGGUUCUCAAUGUCACCUUCAGGACUAAUCUCAAGACUGCUCUUAUUGGAGGAGGAAAGCCUUGGGCUAUCAGUGGAAGAGGUGGAAAGGACAAGAAGGUCAAAGACACUGCGGCUCUUGACAAGUACGCUUCAGAAAGAUGGGAGUGUGUGCUUCAUUUCUUGGUGGGUUCAUCUAAGGCUGUUGAUACAUUGAGCAGAGAUAUUGCAACAGUGUUGACACAUUCUGGUCUCAUGAAGAUGGGUGAGUCCGGAGGAAAGCCAGUGAUCACCCCCUCGGGAUUUCAGUUUCUGCUUCUGGACACCCCGUCGCAGGUUUGGUUCUUCAUGCUACAGUAUCUAGAGACCGCUCAGGCUAGAGGUCUAGACAUUGUUGACGCUCUCUCUUUCCUCUUCCAGCUCAGCUUCUCAACAUUAGGAAAGGAUUAUUCAUCGGAGGGCAUGACUGAGCAACAGCUUCAUUUCUUACAGCAUCUCCGAGAGCUAGGCUUAGUAUUCCAAAGAAAGAGGAAGUCGAUGCGCUACUAUCCAACAAGGCUUGCCAUCAACUUGGCUUCAGGUGUAUCAAGUAUGGUCAAAGAUGAUCACAAGGAUGGCUUCAUCGUCGUAGAAACAAACUACCGUGUUUAUGCCUACACAGAAUCAGAUCUACAGGUUGAAAUAUUAGGACUGUUUUGCUCUAUGCUAUACAGGUUUCCAAACCUCUCUGUGGCUGCUUUGACAAGGGAAAGCGUUCAGCUAGCCAUAUCCAAUGGAAUCACAGCUGAACAGAUACUACGUUUCUUGAGGACGCAUGCACACCCCAACAUGCGACAAAAGAUGCCCAUUAUACCUCCUACUAUUAGUGAUCAGGUCAGGUUAUGGGAGCUGGAGAGAGAUAGACUCAGCUUUACACAGGGAAUCAUAUACAAUGAGUUCUUAUCUCUUCAUGACUUUGAGGUGCUGCGGGACUAUGCAAAGGAUCUCGGUGUUCUUAUAUGGGAGAGUGUCGCAAGGCGCAUCAUGAUCGUCACUCCAUCAGGGCAUGACAGUGUGAAGAAGUACUGGAAGCGAUUGAAAAAAGGACAAUCUUCAUAGCAAGAUCUUGGUGUUCUUACUAUGUAAAGCAUCGCGAGAAACAUGAUCCUCCCUCCAUCAGGGCAUGUUAGUAUGAAGAAGUACUGAAAGCGAUUGAGAAAGGGAAAUCUUCAUCACAAGAUAUUGGUAUUCGUAUCUUGUGUUGCAGCACAUUUCCUGACCGUAACUCCAUAUCUUCAUCGCAAGAUAAGGGAGAGGGUGGGAUAAUGUUGGUAAUCUCUGCCCAACCAGCGGCAACUGGGUUAAGAACCUUCAGAAGCUAUUGAAGAGAAGACAGUGCCCUUUGAGCAGUUUACCAUAAUUGGGAAGUAAAAGUAGUAUUUGGAGAAAAGGUAAUCUUCAAAGAAGAUUAAGAAAAAACAUUGUCUACAAUGUGGUGUUCCAACUAUGCUUGAUCCUGAUGUCUGUUUCAUGAAGCCACUGACAAAUUUGUCCUCAGCCAAUCAAAUGCAAGGAUUUCAGUAGCUUAUAACAAUUGCUUUGUGAAUCAGUACUCUGCUGUAACAAUAUGAGAAACUCAUGGAAGGUAUAAAAGACAUUGUUCAUUUUGUCAACGAUACAACAAGGAAAAUAUGAGAAGAAAAUUUAGAAGAAAAGUAUGUACACUGUAUAUUGUGGAUUUUUUCACCAUCAGUUAAUGAUUGAGAUGUAGUUUCUGAGUUAAUUGUGUUCAUUUGACAUUAUUGAGAAUUGAAAAUGGAAAGAUGAUAACUGAAAGACUUCACAGUAGCUGUUGAAGAGAUGACAUUCAUUUCAUAGGCUCAGUAUCAUAUGAUGCAUAAGAGCUUGAAGGACAAGAAGAUACAUUCCUUUGAAAUGUUAUCUUUAUUUUAAUCAGAUCAGCUCAUACUGUAGAUCUGCCAAACAUAUCAAACAUUCAGCUUUAGGUUAAAGGAACUUCUCUGUGAACUGGUCAGUCUCAACAAUACAUUUAUUUGAGUUACUUUAAAAUUGUAGAAUAGAAUGAUAAAUAAUUUUCCUGCCAGAAAUAACUGGUUUACGAUUCUUUAUGAAGAAACAGGAUUGAAUUUAAAGACCAGAAGUAAAUAUCACGAUUUUUUUUAAUGGAGAAGAGAUGAUUUUCAUGAGUAAAGUGUAGUUGUUGAAAACAAACAAUUGCAACAGUCAUUUGCUAGAGCUGACACCAGGUGAUGUAGUGUGUCCAUAUUAUAUAUGGAUUCUAUAUUCUAUCUUGGCUUUAAUAUGAGUUUGUCAUUUUAUUUUGUGAUAAACUGAGUCUUGAAUUCAAGGAAAUUGAUUUAGCUGGAUUCUGAAAGUUAUUGGGGAGUAACAUAAAAUGUUCUUAACCAACAAAGAAAUUGUUCGGGGGGGGGGGGGUACUUUCUUCCUUAAUAUUAUAACAACUCAUACAUUUUUAGCCAUAUGAGAAUUUCACAUCAACGUUCUUCAUGUUUGGAGAAAGACAAAGAUUAUGAAUUGCCUUGAAGUUUGAAAGUUUAUAUUUGUUCUUUUUUUGUUUUAUUCUUUGUAAAUGGAUGUUUGUAAAUUGUUUGUACAAAAUAAAGUGCAAUAUUUUCAUUAAAAUA